AUGGCGCACAAAAGAGCGCCGGUGCACGCCGACCAAGACCGCCAACUUGCCCGCGAGGAAAAGCAUCACCUCAGGAGGGAGAGGCGGGAGCGGAGCUACGACAAGUUCCGCCUGGGCCUGCUUAGCUCAUUCCGGCGCAGUGACUACGAGAACACAAGGGAACUCCUCGAGGGCGUUCUGCAGAGGGCGCUCACCCGCCGGUGGUGGGUUCACCUCGAACGCGAGCAGCGACGUGCGGUAUGGAUGUGGAUGAUUGACCUGCACAAGGCGAUGGGGAAGCUGUACGAGGGAGACUUAAUCAGCGUCAGACCUGCGCCAGAGCUGGAGAUACAGGAAGGCAGCAAGUACGCCGAUGAGCAGCGCAAAGCCAACAAGACUCUGCAUGUACUGGCUCUCUCGAUACGCAACUCGAUGGUCCUCGACAACCACAACUCGGCAACGUCUCAGGACCGCGGCCCCUGGUGGUCAUUGCCCAAGCCCUCGACGACCCAGAACUUUCGCCAGAUCGGGCGCAGGGCGGCGAGACGGUACGGAACAACGAAGGAGGCCUGGGAGGCGGGCGAGGCGUUCUGA